UUUAAAACUCAGUUUCGAUCGAGAAUUGAAUGGAGUUUUCCCGUAUUUUGACCGGAGAAUCUAACAGAGAUAUUAAGCUAAAAAUACGGUGUUUAUGCAGCUUGUAUUCUUCUUUUGAUCCAGUUUUUUGUUUUUAUUAUUUUUCAUGUUCCAAAGAGAUCUUUAAUUAAAACAAUGAGAUCAAGAUCAUCAUCAGAUGGUAGAUGGGGUUGACCUGCAAUCGCUGCAUGAUUAAUGGUCAACUAGCUGAGGAAUAAAUUACACAAACAUAUCCAUAUAAACAAAGUACAACACUCAAUAAAUAUACUUUGAAGCUCUUAUUUGGUUGAAUGUAUGCAUCCCCAUUUAGUUCAAACCAAAAUGGUAAAAUGAGUGAGUGUAAACUACUAAAAGAAUACUUAUUAAAUCCUACCAAAAAAUCUUAUAUCUUUUUUGAAUGCAACAAAUGAAAUAUUGAGAAUUCAUUCCUUUUUACUCUCUCCCUGAACACACUUUCUUGGGCAGUAAUUAUUGUUUCCAUGGAUGCUCGUGUGUCUAUAAUAGGGUGCUCAAAGUUCUUCUUUAGUAUGGUGUACCAAACUCUAGUAUACUUCAAAAUCCUGGUUGCAUCACAUUUUAGGAGAGGAAUUUUUGUACAGAAAGAGUCAGGAAAAUCAAUGGAUUUCCCAGGUGCACCUACUUAUUUUGUUAAUGUUGGUUCUCCGAUUUACCUGGUUUCUUACCUAUGAAAUGGAAGAAAAGGAAGUGGGUUAUCAAGUUUUUGUUGCAGCUGUUAUUUACUAGAUGUAAAACUGAGACAUGUUCAUCUUUGAGUAGACACAAUCUUAUUUCCUAGCUGGUUAUUACACUCCUUUAUAUGGAUUUCUUUGAUCCUUGUAGUCAUCCAUUAUGAUUUUUUUUUUUCUGAUUCAUGUUUGCUGAAGAUUCUGUAAUGUCUCCAACGUUAACAUUGUUCUUUGUGUUAAGUAUGCACGCAGAGUUCCCCGCCAACACAAACAUCCUAUAUGUGGAUUUACAUUCUGCAGAGCUUAUUGGAUCAUGUAAAGAUGAGACCAGUUUGCCAGGAAUGGUGCUUAAUGUAAAGAAGCCAAUUACAUACAUGGACCAGUUUGGAAUCCAACACUGUAUCCAUGGUGGUCGUCUGGAAUGCACAAUGCAAAAUAUUGCUGACAAUUUUUUGAAUGCAUAUUCAUCUCGAGGUUAUAAAGGCGUAGAAGGUAUGCUUGAUACCUUUAUUGUUUAUAAUGAGCGAAGGAAGGUUACAUCAUCUGCUAAAAAGAAAAGACGACAUUCAGACAAUUCUUUACAUCAGACUCCAGAUGGUUCAUUGUUGGAUAUCAUGCGCAAUGCCUAUGAUCUUCUUUCUCAUUGUGAUAUAAAAAUUCCCAAGAUUGAAGGCAACGAAAAAUAUGUUGAUUCUGGACCCCCAUUUCUCAUCCUUCUUCAUCCUGCUCUGGGCCCACUUUGGGAAGUCACUAGACAAAAAUUUCAUGGAGGUUCCAUUUCCAAGGGUUCUGAGUUACAAAUAGAGGUCGCGGAGUUCUUGUGGAGGAAUGUUGAGCUUGAUGGGAGUUUAAUCAUUGUGGCUGAAAACAUCAUGGGCUCAACUACGAUUGAUGAAAAAGGGGUUGGAUAUGAUGUUAUACCCGCUUCCAUUAUGUUACAAGGUCAAAAACACUUGAACUUAUGCAAAAUAGCUAUUGAGAUAUUUAAGUUUAAAAUGGAGUUCAUUCAUAUAGGUGUGGAAGGUUNAAAAGGGGAACCUAUACUACAAUAUGGGCGAAGGUGUGGAAGGUGCAAGUUAGAGAAUGUCAAAAUAUGGAACGACGGAAUUGAUUGGAAUUCUGGAGACAACAUUUAUUGGAAGCAUGGGGUUCAGCGUUUUGAGGCACUAAAGGUCAUACUGCACGGAAAUGCUGAAUUUGAAGCAGUGGAUGUUAUCUUGCAGGGUAACCACGUGUUUGAUGUCCCAGAUGGCUACAAGUUGAAGAUUACAACAGGAAGUUCAGGUUUAUCAAUCCAAUUUCACCCUAUUGAAAAGAAAUUGAUGGAUAGCGGAAGCUGGUUUUGGAUGUACAAUAUAAAUGGCACACAUAUUCAACUGGAAUUGGUGGAGUUGUAG